AUGAAGUUCAACUCUGUUGCCCUGACCCUGGCCUCCGCUGGCAUGGCGGCCGCCCAUGGCCACCACGGUCACGCCCGCUUCCACCAGCGUGCGGUGGAUGCUGAGACUGACCCUGCUGCCGCCGCUGACCCUGUCGUCUAUGAAUUCGUUCUUUAUGACCCUUCUCAUCCCGACUCCCCUGAGAAGCUCAGCCACGCCGCUGCUUGCGAUGGUCUUGCUGAUGACGAGUACGAGUGGCUCGAUGCUGCCGUCGCCGCUGCUUGUGCUACAAGCACCUCGACAUCUGUGACCCCUACAUCCACCCCGACCCCUACCUCGACCUUUACUCCCGAGGUGCUGGUCCAGACCUCUGCCGUCAUCUCUAGCUCCUCCUCCAGCUCCGUCAUCUCCACCAGCACUGUGACUCCCAGCUCCACUAGCUCCGCAGCUCCUGUCGCUAGCAGCUCCAGUGUCAGCUCCAGUGUCAGCUCCGGUGCUACCGGCAUCGAUGCUGAUUUCCCCGAUGGUGAGAUCAGCUGUUCCGAUUUCCCCUCCGACUACGGUGCCGUUGCUCUCGACUACCUCGGUCUCGGUGGUUGGGCCGGUGUCCAAUACGUUAGCAUUGUCGACGAGCUUGUUAGCGAUAUUGUUACUGCUAUCUCUGGCGAAGGCUGUACCGAUGGUGGUAUGUGCUCUUACGCCUGCCCUGCUGGAUACCAGAAGAACCAGUGGCCCUCCACCCAAGGUUCCACUGGCCAAUCCGUUGGUGGUCUCAAGUGUGAGGGUGGCAAGCUCUACCUCACCAACACUGAACUCGGCAACACUCUUUGCAUCCAGGGUACUGGUAACGUCUUUGUCCGUAACGAGCUCGGUGAUGAUGUCGCCAUUUGCCGUACCGACUACCCCGGUACCGAGUCCGAGACCAUUCCUCUUGCUGCGUCUGCUGGCGGUACUCACGACCUGACCUGCCCCAACAGUGCCACUUACUUCCAGUGGGAGGGCAAGGCCACCUCCGCUCAAUACUACGUCAACAACAAGGGUGUCUCCACCGAGGAUGGAUGUCAGUGGGGCUCUAGCUCUGAGACCAUGGGCAACUGGGCCCCCAUGAACUUCGGUGUCGGAUACACUGAUGGCACCACCUACCUGUCUAUGUUCAAGAACGAGCCUACCACCGAUGCCGAUCUGAACUUCAAGGUCAAGAUUGUUGGUUCCGGCCUCAGCGAUGAGUGCAGCUACGAUGGUGAGGGAAACUUCUACAACAGCGCUGGCAAGAUUGCCAGUGGCACCAACGGUUGCACUGUCGGCUUCUCCACCGGCACCGCCUACUUCGUUCUCUACGAGUAA